GGCCGGAAGCGUUGGGAAGAUGCAGCCAGCAGUCCAAGCAGCAGGGGCUGGAGGAUAGUAAGGGAGGGAGAGUAAAAUAAAGAAGCUGGUGAGGCUGGUUGCCAGAGUGGGGAGUGGUGGCACUGCAGGGAGGGCUCAGGCUGCAGUAGGAGGAGAGGGGAGGCUGUGUGUGCAUGUGUGGGUGUUCAAGGCGGGCUGUGCAAUCAUCAUUAGAUCAGCAGCAAGCCCAGAUAGCUCGAUUUUGUUUGCAACAAGAGCCCCAGCUGCAGCAGCAUCUGUCCACAGCCUUUGCUGUCAGCCAGCACAUAGAUGGAUGGGAUCAGCAGCAGCAAGGAAUGGGGAGUGCACUGAAUCCAGCCUAGUCCUUGGCAUGAGAAGAAGUGGCCAGAUCUGAAUUGGAUGUGUGAGAAAGAUAGAGGAAACGCCUACACACAGCUAGAUCACACAUUUCUCUCUCUCUGAGGAGUCCUUCCUCUCUGGGCUGGGUUUAAAGCCCUCCUUGGUGUUGCUGUCUGGAACGUUUGGAUUCCCAACGUUCUGCUACAAUGUAUCAGUAGGAAAACUUUGCCAGCUUGCCAGGAUCUGUCCCAGCUCGCCUGGGUGUUGAGACAGAAGGGGCUGCAGUUAUCUCCCCCUUCUUCCCCCUUCCAUCCCUUGUUGCAGAGGACAGUGGAGAGAGAGGGGGGCAUCAUUGUGCCACCAUGGCUGCAGUCAGCAGUACCACAUCUGGCAUGGCCAGUAAGACCAAGACUAAGAAAAAACACUUUGUGGCUCAAAAAGUCAAGCUAUUUCGGGCUAGUGACCCUGUGCUCAGCGUCCUGAUGUGGGGAGUCAACCACUCGAUAAAUGAACUCAGCCACGUUCAGAUACCCAUCAUGCUGAUGCCCGAUGACUUCAAGGCUUAUUCUAAAAUUAAGGUGGACAAUCACCUUUUUAACAAAGAAAACAUGCCAAGUCACUUUAAAUUUAAAGAAUAUUGUCCCAUGGUCUUCCGAAAUCUGAGAGAGAGGUUUGGAAUAGAUGAUCAUGAUUUCCAGAACUCCCUUACAAGGUACGCCCCUCUAGCUAAUGAUUCGCAGGCCCGCAGUGGAGCAAAAUUCCACAAUUCCUGCGAUAAAAGGUACAUUAUCAAAACCAUUACAAGUGAAGAUGUGGCCGAGAUGCACAAUAUUCUAAAGAAAUAUCACCAGUUUAUUGUGGAAUGCCACGGAAACACACUUCUCCCACAGUUUUUAGGCAUGUACCGGCUAAAUGUGGAUGGGCUAGAGACCUAUAUGAUUGUUACAAGGAAUGUCUUCAGCCACCGUCUCUCUGUCUAUAGAAAAUAUGAUCUAAAGGGCUCGACUGUGGCUAGAGAAGCCAGCGACAAAGAAAAGGCCAAAGAAUUACCAACAUACAAAGACAACGAUUUCAUAAACGACGGUCAGAAGAUUUACAUAGACGAAAACAACAAAAAGAUGUUCCGUGAGAAGCUAAAAAAGGAUGUGGAGUUUCUAGCUCAGAUGAAACUCAUGGAUUACAGUUUAUUGGUUGGAAUCCAUGAUGUGGAGAGAGCAGAACAAGAAGAAGUGGAAAGUGAGGAUAACGAUGGUGAAGAGGAAGGAGAGAGUGAUGGUACACAUCCGGUUGGUACGCCACCUGACAGUCCUGGGAAUACCCUGAACAGCACACGGCCUCUCGCUCCUGGUGAAUUCGAUCCAACUAUAGACGUAUAUGGAAUAAAAAGCCAUGACAAUGCACCAAGGAAAGAAGUCUACUUCAUGGCCAUUAUUGACAUAUUAACCCACUACGACGCAAAAAAGAAAGCUGCACAUGCAGCCAAAACUGUAAAACAUGGUGCAGGUGCAGAAAUUUCCACUGUUAAUCCCGAACAGUAUUCUAAACGUUUCUUUGACUUUAUUAACAAUAUUCUGACGUAACCUCACCUGAUGUCAGUACAAACUUGUAGUAGAGAGAACGCGCAUUGAUGCAACAUGGGUGGAAGGACAGACAGAACUCGCUGUAUCUUAUGCUCACCAUGCGUUGAGGAUCCCCCGAUAAUCUACAUCUUCUGGCAAAGAUGUGACGCGAAGGGAUUACAAACUUCAGUUGCUUCCUGGCAUAGUCCUAGUUAUUUUUUGACUCAUUCAUGUUUUAAAUAAAGGUAAAUUAACCAACUCUGCAAUGCGAGUUGCACAAAACAAAAAAAUAAUAAUUGCACAGCGAUCACUGGCAUUCAAAAGACAGAUGAAGAAUAUGGUAUCAAACAACAUAAAUGCAUGUGAAGUUUAUUAAACAGGUCUCAAGCGGUAAACUGUAGAUCAGUUUAUUUUUAUUUUUAAUAUUUUUUUAACUUAGAAUGGCAAGGCAGUAUUCAUUGUAAAAGAAAAUAU